AUGGCGACAGAAGGCGCAGGAGCUAGUACGACGACUUCUCCCGAACCCGUUGUGCAGUCUCUCCCUCGCAAUUCACCUGCGCCCCCGCCUACAUCUGCGCCUUUGGCCUCGUCGUCGCCUCCGUCUAAAAGAGAGUUGGCGUCAUGGUGGAGGAAGUUUCGGAAAACAACCGAAAAGACCGAUGAAAAAGCCGAUGUCGGUCCUGGGAUCUUUGGAGUGCCUUUGGCAGACAGCAUCAGAUACGCCAAUGUUGCCAUCUCAUUACAGAAUGAAAAUGGCGAAAGCUUCAUCUACGGAUAUGUGCCGAUAGUGGUUGCAAAGUGCGGCGUGUUUCUGAAGGAGAAAGCCACUGAUGUGGAAGGCAUCUUUCGAUUGAGCGGCUCAGCCAAAAGGAUCAAGGAUCUCCAAACUGUUUUCAACUCGCCGGACAGGUAUGGGAAAGGCCUUGACUGGACCGGAUAUACCGUCCACGAUGCAGCAAACAUCCUACGCCGGUACCUCAACCAACUCCCUGAACCCAUCAUUCCCCUCGAAUUUUACGAGCGCUUCCGCGAACCUUUACGUCCAAGUCAUACUGUCAUCGGACCAGACGGCGAGGCUCAACCCCGGGACUUGACAAUGGAGGAGCAUGCCGCAGCUGUGAGAGCAUAUCAAAAGCUCAUCACGGAACUUCCCCCUCUUAAUCGCCAGUUGCUCCUCUAUAUCCUUGACCUACUAGCGGUCUUUGCGUCGAAAUCAGACUACAACCGUAUGCCCGCGGCCAACCUGGCUGCAAUAUUUCAGCCUGGCAUUAUCUCGCAUCCCUCUCACGACAUGUCUCCCAUGGAAUACAAACUCAGCCAGGACGUUUUGGUCUUCCUAAUCGAGAACCAAGACAAUUUUCUCAUUGGGAUGUCUGGUACAGCCGUGGAUGAAAAGACACAGAAAGAUGUCGAGAGUGGACCCCCAUCGCUGCGCUCGCCCAAGAUUAUGGGACGCUCAGCAUCGAAUGCUAGCGCAGGCGCCGAAAGUUUGCGGAAAUUCGGAGUGCGGCGCAAUGUCUCCGUGUCCUCUCGAGGGUCCAGGACCGGGGGCAGCCCGGGAGUUUCGGGCCCUGGUACACCUCCGGGUGCGUUCGCCGGUGCCUCCGCGACUGGCGGCCUUGCACGAAGUAAUACGGUUCCUUCCAAGCGAUCUCCGGCCAUCAAUUCCGGCCGAUUUCAAAGAUUUAACGAUGCCUCCGAGUCCGCAUUGCCGGCCAUCAGCUCUCCUAUAGCAGGCCCCGGGACCCCAACUCCGAACCGUGAAGGGACUGAAUCGAAGUCGUCGCGAUCUACAUCCACCGCCCCGGACGAGGUCAACGGAACUAGCAGCACCCUUCCUGCCAAUGCUGCCAGGAAGAACGUAUUGAUAUCUUCCCAGACUACACAACCACCAAGCCAGCCAUCUCAGCACCAGUCCCAGCCGUUUCCGAACGCACCGUUAGCCGAGCAUGAAACGAGCCAGGGACAGGGCCAGGGCCAGACUCCUGCUCCCGUACCCACCCGUGAGCGAAAGAUAUCCACCCGCCUCCACAAGUCGCCUAUUUUUGGCCCUUCAGAGUCGCAGGGAAGGCAACCUAGGAAGUUGCAGAAGAGGCAAAAGAUCCCUGGCGGUUCUAACGACAGCGCGCAAAGCUCUCUCAAUUCUCUACAUGCUGAAGAUCAGGGUGGCUUUCACACUCCUCUUAUGUCCCCUGACAUCAAUAGUGCAAGCAAACCGGAUCCCCUGGGUGCACAACAGGGCCCGAGUGUGACAAACAUCGGCGCCACUCCUGUGGAAGAAACCCCGGGUUUCAAGCAAUACUCUACUCCGGGCCAUGGACACGAGGGACAGAACCAUUUUGCUGGCUUAAAACCACCAACGAGCCCUCCUGGGUCUACACGCUCACGCUCUUCCUUCACGGAUCAUUCAGAAGCCGAGCUAGCCGACGAGAACCAGGCCCAAUCCGAACAGGAGAAGCGUCGCCGCAGGUGGAGGUUUUCAUCCUCGGCCAAAAAAGGGGAAAAUUCUCCCCUGGCUCCUCCACCUCCGAUCGGACAGAAUGUGGGAGCCAGAGGAAGCAACACUUCACUCGGAAGUUCGCAUCGACCAAGAAAGAGUUUUACUGGCGACUCGCAAGAUACAUCUGUUACGAGUGGUCAACACCCGCUUGCUGGUCAGUCGAGCCAAGAAUCAGGUGAGCCCCCGAGAGACCAGGCCGUGGAGACGGAGAAGAAGGGCAUUUUUGGAAAAUGGAAAGCCAAGAUGGCGCAGACGCGCGAGGAAAGACAGGCAGAGAAAGAAAGGGCAAGAAGCCCUCCAGCUUCUGGGAGUGAACAAGGAGGUUCACGUAGCAGCUUGACGGCUUUUGCACAGGAGAACUUGGCGCAAAGGGGCAGGUCGUUCGACAAGUCCCGGGACGAGGUAUUGUCAAGCGUUGCCGAGCGGCCAGCUGAUGAAGCCCAGGUCCCUGAUGGACCACUUUUGGCGGGACCUGGUCAGUCAGAGGAGCCCGGAACAUGA